UUAUGAUGAAAAUACUCAAAAACAUCAGACAAACCCCUCCUCAACUGUCUCGUUCCCUUCCCACUCCCACCACCCUUACUUCAAGCAACCUCCAAGAAUCGCAGCCACUCAAUACAGCCUAAUAAACUAAACUUAAUACGAUCAUCUACAAAUUCUCUCGAAAUGCAGUUCCGCGCUUCCCUUGCUGCCGCCGCCGGCCUCUUCGCCAUGGCCAACGCCCGAAUCUACGGCAUCGCCUUCCCCGAGACCGUAAAGGCUGGCGACGAGGUUCAGGCCGUCAUCGAGACCGAGAACUACAUCCAGACGGUCGCGGACAUCGCCAUUGCAUUCGGCAUUGCUCCCGAAGCCUCUGCCUACCCCGGAACCCUCGGCCAGAAUGUCCUGGGCUCGUUUUACCUCGGACCUGAAAAGUCCAACAUCCUCGAUAACAUCACCGAGACGGUUACGAUUCCUGCUGGUCUCGCAGCUGGCAAGUAUGUUGUCUCUGCAGGCCUGUACAGCUUGUACGGCGCCUCUUCGUCCUCGACCCUGUCCAACUACAACGUCACCAUCAUCGUUGAUGACGCGACUAGCGAGACCUACGUUGGCAGCCAACAGUAGACGCGAUUCAUAACGGCCACGAAAUCAUCUUGUUUCAUAUAAAUGGCGUUGAAUUUUGAUUUGCAUUUUUCAGGCCUGCCGCCUUGUUCUCCAAGGUCGAGCAUGUCUGAUGUGAGCUGGGCUAUGUAUUAGUAGAAGUAUGACGUUUACACGGGCAAUCAAAGGCCAUGGCCUUAAUGGCCAGGGUUAUCAAUACACUUGAUACAACGUACAUGUACUCUAUGGGUGCUGAAAACCACGUCUUCAAUCUUC